AUGGCGACGAGGGCGACUGAAAAGUCGUCGCCUCUGGGUCCCUACAGACCAACACUCAUCCUUCAUGGCGGUGCAGGCUCUAUCUCACGCGCCAGCCUUCCCCCUGAACUCUGGUCGCAAUAUCAUACUUCUUUGCUGAAAUAUUUGACGUUGACCCGCGAGUUGCUCGACUCCGGAGCCUCCGCCCUGGAUGCCGCAUGUCAUGCUGUGACUCAACUCGAAGAUGACCCUUUGUUCAACUGCGGCCGCGGCGCUGUGUUUACGGAACAGGGCACCAUUGAGAUGGAGGCAAGUGUAAUGGUCUGUUCACUUGACCCCGCUGGUCCGCCUGCUGGUGCCAUCAAGCGCGGUGCAGCAGUGAGUCUUGUGCGGAACACACGUCAUCCAAUUCUACUGGCCAAAGAGGUCCUGGUUGCGCCAGACGACGAGGAUGGUCUGGGCGGGACGAGCACCAUGCAUUGCCAUUUGAGUGGGAGGCAGGUGGAGGAAUGGGGCUGGAACGAGAGAGGUCUGGAGAGGAAACCCGACGAGUGGUUCUGGACCAAGAAACGCUGGGAGGAGCAUAGGAGAGGUCUGCAUAAGCCUAGUUCUUACACUUCCGAGAAUAUCUUUGCUCCCGAGGCCCCACCCUCGAAGUCCCGAAUCCAGAACAACCACGAAGACAUGGACAGCUCCGAGAUCCCGAGUCAAGGGACGGUCGGAGCAGUUUGCCUAGACUCAUGGGGAAAUCUGGCUGUCGCGACCUCGACCGGUGGCCUGACGAACAAGAAAGCCGGACGCAUUGGUGAUACACCGACAAUUGGUGCUGGCUUCUGGGCAGAAGCCUGGGAAGAGCCCACCAGCUGUCCAGCUCGGCGCGACCACGAUGCGGUACAACGGCAACUGUUCGAACACCGUAAUCAACCAGUUCUGAACCAGGCGUGGGCAAAACUGGGCGAGCUGGUCGCAUCAUGUAUGACUGUCCUAGGCCCCGACGUCAGAUACCAUCAACUGAACAAGGCAUCUCCCGCGGCGGCGACUUCGUAUCCCCAAUCCUAUCACUCGCCAUUCUCUCCCGCAGACUUCUCAGCUCGCAGAAAACGAAAACGCCGUCGAGCGGUAGCCAUGUCAGGGACCGGCAACGGCGACUCCUUCCUCCGCACCAACGCCGUACGCACUGCCGCGGCAAUGUGUCGCUAUUCCCCUGCUACAUCUCUUUCGGACGCGGUGACUGCGAUUACUGGACCAGGCGGCGAGUUGCAAUCCUCUGCUGGCGAUCGAUGGGGACGAACAGGUGAAGGCCAGGGCGGGAUCAUCGGGAUCGAGGUCAUCAAUGAUGAAUUUGAUUUUGACAAUGAACGGUGCAGAUAUAGUGCCAGCCCAGAGAGCAUCUACUGCGCUACCACCAAUGGUGGCAAGACGACUCCAAAGAAGAAAAUGGGCAGGGCGGUUUUUGACUUCAACUGCGGUGGGCUCUUCAGAGCUUAUUAUGAACAUCAGGAACGGGAACGGGAAGAGAAGCCUAAAGUGAUGGUCUUUAAAGAUGAAUACUGA